AUGUCGUUGGAGGAUCGGCUGGACAAGAUAAGGUCGCCGAAUCUUGAGAACCAGACACAUACUCGGAAUGCGCUCCAUUCAAUUGAGGAAACGCUGCGCGACCAGAAACUCGAUCUGACGCCGACUGCCUACUUUGCAUCAUGCCUCGCCCUACUGAAGCAGGCGGCCUCGUCCCAAGGGCAGAUCGGCGAGAACAGCGUUGCUGCCGCUGCCAUAUACCUCCUGGACAUUGUCACAUCACAUGUGCCUGCUGGCCUACUACGGUCGCAGUUCAGCAGCAUAUCUAGUCUCUUAUUGCCGUAUGUUUCGAACGCAGAAUCCAACGCUCCACUCCUACGAGCCGCUAUAGGAUGUCUCGAAUCUCUCCUUCUCGCACAAGACUCGCAGGCUUGGGCCCUGCCGCAGUCGCAAGUUGGGCCAAGGCAAGCCAUACCCGCUGUGCUCAGUCUGGCUAUCGACCAAAGACCCAAGGUCCGGAAGCGAGCACAAGAAGCCUUGACACAGAUUCUCAAGUCGCCUCCGCCCGGACCAGCCAUCGAUCACCCAGCGGCAGAGAUGUGCGCUGUGGCUGCCCAGAACAACCUCAAGCAUGCUGUCGACACAAUACAGCAGGCUCGCAAGCACCGAGGCCGGCCUGCCGACAGUCAUGAGCCAGCAGUGAUUCACGCUCUGCAGCUGACCAAAACCAUCGCAGUUGCGUCAGGAGGGUGGCCGAGCAAGAAAAUUGAGACCUUGUGCGAGCUCCUGCUAUCGCUGUCACGAUCCCGAAACGAUUACCUGGUGACGAGCGCGUUUGAGGUCUUCGAGGUCAUAUUUGAGGGAAUGGAGGAUGAAGUCACAUCUGUAAAAUUGCCCAAGCUACUUGACGCCAUUGUCGAGCUCAAGCCAGCACAGAACGACUCACAGCUCCUGCCGCCAUGGAUCGCCAUCGUGUCGAGAGGCUACGGCACGUCAGCGACUACCGAGCCAGAUGAUACCUUCGCAAAGCUGCCCGAACUAUUCGAUCUCAUUGCAGUCUAUCUGACCAGUACCUCACAAAAUAUUCGUGUCUCGGCAUCGCAAUGUUUGAUUUCGUUCUUCGCCAACUGCAUACCGGACAGUGUGAUUGGUGAGCCAUCGGUAUACGACGAGAAAGUCCUGGAGCAGAUCGCUUCGCGAAGUCUGGGAUUGCUGUCAGUAAAGUAUCAGUCCGCGUGGAAGGAGGUCUUCAACACUCUGGCGGCAUUGUUUGACGCCUUGAGAUGGCGCGGCGAUCCGUUCCUGCUUGCUAUUGUGAAGGCACUUGGCGAACUUCGCAGCAAUAGCGGUUUUCAAGGUAAGGACGAGGCAGAUGAAGUCCUUGGGCGCGCCAUACGCAAUCUUGGCCCAGCGGCUGUACUUUCGGUCUUGCCCCACAACUUGACAAAUGCACAGAAAGGGCAGCCAGGUCGGGCGUGGUUGCUGCCACUCCUUCGAGAUCAUGUGUCCAACACGAACCUAGCGCACUUCAAGUCAGACCUAGUGCCUCUGAGCGAGGCUAUGUUCCAGCGUGUGCUCAACCACGGCAAUGCCGAAAAGACGAUGGACAUCAAGAUCUACGAAACAGUGGUUCAGCAAGUCUGGUCGGCGUUUCCAGGCUACUGUGAUCUGCCUCUUGAUCUGGCUAGCGCUUUCGAUCAACCAUUCGCUGAGUUGAUCUCGAAUCUACUGUAUCAGCAAGUGGAUCUACGGGUCGAUCUGUGCAGAGGACUACAGAACCUGGUCGAGUCCUACGACGCACUCAUCGCGUCGGACCUCCCAGACGAAGUCCUUUUGAUCGAGAGACGACUAUCCCGCGCCGAUGCCGAGGCAGGAAGCGCUCAUUUGGCUGGACUGGCCAGCAACAUGCUUGCAGUACUCUUCAACGUCUACAGCCAGACGUUGCCCCAAUCUCGCGCCUACAUUCUGCAGUGCAUAACUGCGUACUUAUCGAUCACUUCGGAGGCCGACCUAAUCGCAACAUUUGAGCGAGUUGCAAAGAUGCUGGAAGCUGAGCUGCCUGCACCCGAUGCACGCGCGUCUGCUAAGCAGCAGCAGCAGUCACGAUCCAAAACCAACAUGCCACCUACAUCUCACACGCUACUUGAUCUUGUCAUCGCCCUCUCAAGCCACCUUCCUCGAUCGACCUUCAGUGCACUUUUCGCGCUCGCGUCGUCCAUCUUCUCGAAUCCAUCAAUUCUAAAGACCGAUCCCCAACUGAUCAAAAAGGCCUACAAGCUGAUACCACAACUGGGUCUUUCCGAAGCCGGGACGGAAGCCUUACAGGCACGUAACGGCGAGCUGCGGCAACUCGUACUCAACACAUCAGACACAACGCCUCUUCCAGCUCGACGAGAUCGCUUCCUCGCAAUCAACACCCUCAUCGACCAUCUUCCAUCGACAGAUUUACACUUCCUAACCACAAUCAUGUCCGAAAUCGUUAUCGCAUGCAAAGACUCCAAUGAGCGAGCGCGCAUGGCGGGCUUCGACCUCCUUCUCACAGCAGCAGCCAAAAUCAUAUCCGAGGGCAAACAAGGCGCGAUGAUCCGCAACUCGCUGGCACCGAACAUGCCAGACGACACUCCGGACGUGCAAGCCAGCGUCGAAGAAGUCUUCAGCAUGGUUUCCGCUGGCCUCGCUGGAGUCGCACCGCAUAUGAUUGCCGCCACAAUUACGGCCCUUAGCAGACUGUUAUGGGAGUACCACAGUGAGCUCGAUGCCGCCAUCAGGGACAGUGUUAUGGACACAGUCCUCAUGUUCCUCGAAAGCAACAAUCGCGAGAUCGUCCGAGCAGUGCUUGGUUUCGUCAAGGUCGUGGUGGUAGUCAUCCCCAAAACAACCCUCGAAGCAAAUUCACGUAUACAGAACAUUCUCAAAGGCUGCAUGAUCUGGAGUAAAGAGAACAAGGGCCGCCUCAGACAGAAAGUCCGAGGCAUACUCGAGCGCGUGCUGCGUCGCUGGGAUGGGCAGCUCGUUGAACAGUGGGUCGACGAUGAUGAGUCGAGGAAGAUGGUGAAGAACGUCCGCAAAAGGAAGGAGCGGGCGAAGCGGAAGAAGACUGGUGAUUUUGUUGAUGCUGAUGAUGACGAUGCUACCGCUGGGAAGGGUGAGAGGAAGUACGAUAACGAGUUCGAUGAGGCUGUGUACGGAAGCGAUGAUUCCGGCGAAGAAGACGAUGACUCCAUCUUGGGAGAUUCAGACCACGAAAUGAACGGACACAACUCCCAGAAAUCCUCAAAGCGGAACAACUUUAGCAAAAAGAACCAGCAAUACAUCCGCGCCGAUGAAGACUCAGAUGACGAGCCCCUCGACCUCCUCGACCCCAAGAGCUUGGGCAGCAUCACCUCGCGCAAACUUGGCCGCUUACGCGCCGAAGCCGGUCUCGCGAAUGGCUCUUCUUUGCAGGGCCGUCGUACCAAAGCGCGCACAAACGAGGACGGCAAAUUGAUCUUCGGUCCUAACGAUGAUGAUGAUGCACUCAUGAACACCACCGACGGCAACGACGAGAACAGUGCACCCAAUGGUGGCGGCGUAGACGCUUACGUCGCGGCAGUAGACGGGCCCGAUGCCGUUCGAAGAGGGCAGAAGGGCAAGUUGAAGGUCAAGUCCGCCCAACGACAGCGUGGGACUGAGAUGGAUCUGGAUGAUGACGACGCAAAAGCGGUCGCCAGCCAGCUAUCGAAGAAGAAGCAGCGGCCGGGCAGUUCGGGCAGCAUGAGCAGUUCCGGUGGUGCUGGCCGUGGCGCUGACAAGGGACCGAAGCAUGCAAGGCGAGGGCUUGGAGUCGAGAAGCAACGGUUUAGUGGUGGGGGAGGCGGUGGUGGUGCGAGGGGCGGAGGGAAACAUGGAGGCAAGGGCUUUGGUGGGAGUCAGAGGAGGGUGAGCGUUGGGCACGGAAGGGGCAGGGGAGGGCACGGGAGGCGCUGA